CUCUUUUUGAUGUCCACGUUUCAUUCUGUCACCUGGGUCUUAUCGAAUUUGAUGUUUUAUAUGAUUACCAAUAUAUUUGUUUCUUUCAGAUAUGCGAGUGUAUGAUUUUGUAUAAAUUGAUUUCUUGUUAUACCUUUUUUCCUUGGGUUUUUAAGACGAAUGAAAUUGGUCACUGGACUCCGUCAACUUUCCGUUUUAGAUUAAUAUGAACUUGUCUUGGUUCAAGCAAAGUAUUCGGAUUUCUGAGAGUGAUUUUACAGUUUUAUGCUUGUUUUGUAUUUCUAAUAGGUUAUAAAUUGGUUAAAUUACUGACAUUGGAAUGAAGUUUUGGUGAUCACCUUUAGCAUUAAUUUGGUCUAUGGGCAGCAGAAAAUUCAAGAAAUUUAUAAAUAUCAAAAUUAACGACAGAACCAGUUUUUAUUUAGUGAUAAUCUAUAUUGAAAGCUCCACUGCACAAGAUGGCGGACAUCUAGAACACGAGUACCAUAUUGGCUAGACAGGGGGAUUACAAAAGAUUGAGCUACUCCGAUCCUAAUAUAACUGCAAGACUCAGUACAAGGCUCUUGUACACUGGUUAUUCAUUAAUUGAAUCUGAGUGAUACGCUAGAACUUUCUUGGUGUGUGGUUACCAUGACUUUCAAGAAAAUGGAGAUUACCAAUGUUAUGGAGUAUGAGACCAUUGCAAGGGAGAAACUACCAAAGAUGGUUUAUGACUAUUAUGCCUCUGGUGCGGAAGAUCAAUGGACUCUCCAAGAGAAUCGAAAUGCUUUCUCUAGAAUACUGUUCCGGCCUCGUAUUCUAGUUGACGUUAGCAGCAUUGAUACAACCACAACCACCUUGGGCUUCAAGGUCUCGAUGCCCAUAAUGAUCGCUCCAACAGCUAUGCAGAAAAUGGCUCACCCUGAAGGAGAGCUCGCGACAGCAAGAGCAGCAUCAGCCGCUGGCACCAUCAUGACAUUAUCCUCAUGGGGUACUUCCAGCGUUGAAGAGAUUGCCUCAACAGGACCUGGCAUUCGAUUUUUCCAACUUUAUGUUUGCAAAGAUAGGAAUGUUGUCAUACAGCUUGUGAAAAGGGCAGAAAGGGCUGGUUUCAAGGCAAUUGUCCUUACAGUAGAUACCCCAAGACUGGGACGAAGAGAAGCUGAUAUCAAGAACAGAUUCGCUUUGCCAUCCAACUUGACUUUGAAGAAUUUUGAGGGAUUGGAUCUUGGAAAGAUAGAUAGGACCAAUGACUCUGGACUCGCUUCAUAUGUUGCUGACCAAGUUGACCAAUCUCUUAGCUGGAAGGAUGUGAAGUGGCUCCAGACAAUCACUCGAUUGCCAAUUCUAGUAAAGGGUGUGAUAACUGCCGAGGAUGCAAGACUAGUGGUACAAGCAGGAGCAGCUGGAGUUAUUGUGUCAAAUCAUGGGGCUCGACAACUUGAUUAUGUCCCUGCAACUAUAAUGUCAUUGGAAGAGGUUGUGAAAGCAGUACAGGGAAAAGUGCCUGUUUUUCUUGACGGUGGGGUUAGACGGGGAACAGACGUUUUUAAAGCAUUGGCCCUUGGAGCAUCCGGUGUAUUUAUUGGAAGGCCGGUUUUGUUCUCAUUAGCAGCUGAUGGUGAGGCAGGUGUAAGGAAAGUACUUCAGAUGCUUCACGAUGAGCUUGAGCUGACCAUGGCUUUGAGUGGUUGUCGCUCCAUCAAGGAGAUCACUCGUGCCCAUGUAGUGACUCCGUGGGAUAACCCUCAUGUUGCACCCAGGCUAUAGAUUGUCUUAUCGAGUAUUGUCAUCAUUUCACAUACAACCGAUGUAUUUUCUGGACCCAUGAAGUGCAUGGAACAUUGUUAUCAUCCAUCGGAAUAAUGUACUGGGAAUCGAUCUUCUCUCUAAUUUUUGACAUGAGAGAUUUUUCUCUGAUAAUUCUCAUGUCAAAAAUCCUUACUACUUUAGUGACUUUUGCUAUUGAUAAACAUAUGUUUCAUAAUAAGAGGGACACCCAGCAGUGAAGUCAUCUCAUUUGUGGACGACA